AAGGGUCUGGAAUGCCUGCAGAGGAUGGACUCUAGCAUACCGCCAGAGUAUCAUGACGAGUUCAGCAGGAUUGCUCCUAUAUUUAUUGAGCCAUACUGCCGAUUCAUGCAGACGGUUAGAGGCCCGGCAUAUACGCCCCCGGCGUUGGAGCAUGUCCAUCUCUCUCCUUCUGCCAAGAGGCCGUUAGUUGCAGACAGCUUCUCACACGAUGUCGUUGAUAUGACUCAGCCGUCUCAACAUAUCUCUGCAGACCUUACGGAGCCUUCUUCUUCGAGGCCCAAGAAGAUGACUGUUCGUCGCCCCGCGGAACAUAAAUGGCUGAUCAGCAAAAGGUUGACACAGGAGAAGAUGGAUACUAUCCGGAGAGACUGGGGAUGGGGGAGGGGUAUGACAGUGGGUCUCGAGGGUGGUAUAAGACAUGAUCUUAUGUUCACGCUUGCCCCUAUCUCAAUGCAGAGUCUGGCCCCCGGUGGAUGGUUAGAUGAUCGGAUCAUCUACACAUACAUGUGGUUGUUACGUGAUCGGGAGGAAGCAAUUGCUGCAGAGGGCAUCCACCCCAGGGAGCCUACGUACUACUUCAUGGAUCCCUUCUUCAUCCCGUUGGCCAUGGAAGUGGACUACAAAAAUAUGACGGAGAGGGUGAAGCACUUCUAUUUGAAGUGGGGAAGCUGUGGGGUUGGUCCAGCAAUCAACCAGGUGGACUACAUAUUUGUUCCCGCAAAUGUCAAUGACAAUCACUGGAUUCUCAUGGUCUUUGCUGUGAAGAAGUGGGCUAUCAUGGUUCUCGAUCCUUAUAACGAUAAGUCUGAAUAUCCAGACGAAGAAGAAGCAAUGGUACUAAAUCCUUCACUCCUCUUCUACUAAUAUACAUGAUGGUUUUGUUCUGAUGUUUGUUUUCAUGUUUUUGUUGUUUGUAGGUCGGUGUACUUGGAGGGAUGCUUCGUUUUCUUGCCAAGGGUCAAAAGUUCCCGCAAGAGGACCCUCUAGUUCAUGUUUGGGAUGAGAUGCCGAAGCAGCAAAAUCAUUUUGAUUGCGGGGUCUUCGUCUGCAAGUACAUGGACUACACAUUGCAAGGUUAUGACCUCUCCACCUUGACGUGGGAUACUUCGGAUGUUGACCUAUUCCGCUAUAGGAUUGCAAAAGAGCUUCAGAAAGGGAGAGCGAGGCGAAUCCCUAGUCAUCUUAUGCGGCAAAGGCUAGAAGGAGCCAAGGAAUAGGACAUUUUCGUAGUUUAUGACAUUUUCUUAGUCUCGUAGUUUAUGACAUUUUCGUAGUUUAUGACAUUUACGUUAUAUAUA